AUGCUAUUUUGUACUCAAAGAGUUAUACUUCGUAUCUUUCAGAGCCCAUUAAAGAUGGGUCACUGGCACACAAGCAGCAUGUUGAUACCACAAAAUGCUUUUCUUCGGACUGUGCAUCUUCAGGUUGGCGAAAGAGCUGAACUUACUAAAGCUUUUUCACAGAGUGAUGUAUUCACCUUUUCAGAGUUAACUGGUGAUACUAACCCAUUACAUCUUAAUGAAGAUUUUGCCAAAGACAACAAGUUUGGAAAGCUAGUUGUGCAUGGUGUAUUGGUUUGUGGAUUAAUGUCUGCCGUUUUGGGAACCAAGGUACCCGGAUGUGUUCUUCUAUCCCAGGAACUCCGGUUUUUAGCACCCUUGUACAUAGGUGAGCAGGCCUCAGCAAUUGCAGAUGUUAUUAAAAUAAGGAGGUCAAUAGCUUGGAUUGCUGUUUCAUGUAUUGUCAAAGAAACUAAGAAAGUUAUAAUGAAGGGGGAAGUGAAGAUCAUGUUGCCAGAGAAUAGAGAUCAAAGUGUAUGAAUUUAUCAUUGAAACUGAAAAAUAACUUGGAAAAGUUAUUUGGGCAUGUGAGUAUUUGUAAAUUAAUGUUCUGUGGAAAUGAUUGAAAAUUCAAGUAAGUUGAAAACUGAUUAUUACAAACAUAU